AGUACAUAUCACAUGACUCCUCUGGCCUACACAAACUGACCUUAUACCAAAAAUUCUUGAGGCUUAAAACCACAGAAGACUCAGAGAGAUAACACUUUCAGUACUAUUAGAGCAAUGGCUAGUCCAGUUAAUUACGAGUUUGUAGACAAAGUACCGGAAGAUCAUCAGUGCACUAUUUGCGCUAACAUUCUAACGGACCCAGUACUGACCGAAUGUUGUGGCCAACUUUUUUGUGAUGGCUGUCUAAAAAAAUGGCUACAGAGGCAAAAUACAUGCCCACAUUGUCGAAAGGCUAACUUCAAUAAUAUGGUAAAUAAACGAAUGAAACGAGCCAUCGAUAACUUGAAGAUCUACUGUCCUAAUCGCUCCAAAGGUCGUGACAAAUUCACUACACUGGGUGAACGAAAUCAACAUCUCGAGAAAUGCUUGUUUGUGAAAGUGAAAUGCAGCGAAAAUUGUGGAGAAAGAAUGCUACGAAAAGAGCUUCAAGAUCACGAGGACAACAAAUGUCCAAACCGUCGGGCACGAUGUCAGUAUUGCAGCAAAGAGGGAAUGCACAAAGAAAUAACAGCCAAAAGUCACUUGGACAAAUGUUCACUUUUUCUUAUUUCUUGCCCCAACAAUUGUGGACAUGAGAAAAUACAGCGCUGGAUCUUAGCAGGUCACCAGAAGAUGUGCCCUCUUGAGCCAGUAAAGUGUCCCUUUUUUGAAGCUGGGUGUACGAAAAUGAUUUUCCUAAAAAAUCUGGCAGCACAUAAAGCAUCAAACACAGAGCACCACCUAGAGCUAGUGAUGGCAGAGACUGUUACGCUUAAACAAAAUACAGUCAAGUUAGAGCAACUCUCACUCAAGUUUGAUGGCCUAGCAUCUUGUGUAACUAAGCAACUAGGCACUAUCGAUUCUAGCCCUCGAACACAAGCAGCUGUCAAUAACAUCAAAAGCUCUCUAGAGACAAUGACCACAAUGCUAGCACCAGGUGACACACGAUACUACCUACCACUAAUUAAACAAUCACAGUACACCGCUCGAUCAGCUUCGUUCUACAUCAAACCUGGCUACAAAAUGUAUAUACAUAUUGAUAAAGGAGAUGAUUGCAAGGUCUUUUUGGAGAAAGGUGAACACGAUCACCAACUAAAGUGGCCUAUGCCUAAAAUGAAUAUUGAACUCAGUACUAAAAAGAACGAAAUCCUGUGUACAGCAACAAUCUGCACCGACAGAUGUUGUGGCAUUACGGUGAACCGACUAGAGGGGGACAGAACAAAGCAAGCCAUCAUCCAAGACAAAGAGUUCUAUCUUCUAGGUCGAGCAGUUCCUCCAAGAGACUUUGUAUUUUUAACAGUGAUAGACCACAUGCACAUGUAGUGUGUAAUGCCAUUACUAAUGCAUGGAGAGAAUAUAUACCUUUAAGAAAUUAAUGUCAAUAGGGACAUAUGUAUAAAAGUUAUUGUUCCUUGUUAAGGAUCAUACACACAAACUGCAAUUGACCUUUUACAA